AUUUGGCGCAGGAAUACAAGGGACGAUGAUCUUUCAAAGGGAACACGAGCGAAAAAGUUUGUUGUGAGAAUAUCGGGUCGCGGGAGCAAUGGAUUACAUUUUAAACCGAAAAUAAACUCAAGGAAACCUCGUGGAUCUUAUUUAUGUUACUUUUUGGAAUACUUUUUAUGAUGCCGUGAAAAUGUGAAUUAAAUGGUGCAGUGAUUUUUUUUAUUUUUUGAGUAUGGGCCACCUUAUACUGUGUCUUGUGUGUGUAUUGGCAUUCGCUUUGGACACACAAGGUUUCCAAUCCUGUUUGUCAGAUCCCUGUUUGAAUGGGGGACUGUGUCAAACAAGUGGAAGUACCAGUUACUGUAUAUGUGGUGAAAAUUACGUUGGAGAAUUUUGUGAGGAUGACAACCCAUGUCGACCGGAUGCCCAUUUCUGUGAGAACAAUGGAACCUGUAGAAUUAUAAAUACUGCUGACGGAUUCAAAGGACGCUGUGAUUGUAGACUGGGAUACUCUGGAACUCUGUGUGAGAUUUUGGAACCUACCAGUGUGUGUUACCACAAUCCUUGCCAGUAUGGGGGCACCUGCUACAAUACUGUCAGCCUACAGGAUUAUGCCUGCUCAUGUCCUGUAGGAUACAGAGGAGUUAAUUGUUCGAAAGUGGACCACUGUGCCCCUAAACCUUGUCGUAACCAAGGUGAAUGUCACGCCCUGGAUGAUGGUUACCAAUGUAACUGUCUCCGUGGUUACAAAGGAGACACCUGUAUGGAAGAUGUCAACGAAUGUGUGGAAAAUCCAGACAUCUGUCAAAAUGGUGGAACGUGUGACAAUAGACCAGGGUCAUACAUGUGCAUCUGUCCUAGAGAAUACACCGGGAGACACUGUGAGGAACUGUAUGUUCCCUGUCAGCCUUCACCCUGCAGAAAUGGGGGCACCUGCAUCCCGUCCGGAGGUCUCAGCUACCAGUGUAUAUGUCAAUCAGGUUUUCAGGGCAUGCACUGCGAGACAAAUGUUGAUGAUUGCGUGAAUAGUCGUUGUGCAAAUGGGUCAACUUGUGUGGACCAAGUCAACUCGUACACCUGUAGAUGUCCCCCUACCCUGACAGGACAAUUCUGUGAGAAGGAUGUGGAUGAAUGCCGACUUUAUCCCAAUAUUUGUAAAAAUGGAGCAACAUGUCUGAACCACCCGGUGGGAAAUUAUACGUGUAUCUGUGUCAACGGAUGGACGGGGAGGGACUGCAGCAUCAACAUCGACGACUGUAAGGACAACCCUUGUUAUAACGGGGGAACGUGUCACGACAAAGUGGGGUACUACUACUGCGACUGUCCUCACGGAAAAACAGGCCUGCGCUGUCAUUUGGAAGAUGCAUGCACAAGUAGCCCGUGUCAUGAAGGGGCUAGUUGUGAAACCUCCCCAAUUAAUGGAGACCCUAUCUGCUCUUGUAAGAAAGGCUGGACUGGAAAUGACUGCUCUAUGGAUGUCAAUGAGUGCCAUGAAAGUUCUGUGUCCCCAUGUGAGCAUGGAGGGACUUGCGUUAACACCCCGGGCAGCUUUAAGUGUGACUGUGUUAAUGGAUUCACCGGACCACGCUGUGAAACGAACAUAAACGAGUGUCAGUCCAACCCCUGCCAGAAUCAGGGAACCUGUCUGGAUCUGUCCGGGAUGUUCCGAUGUAUAUGUAUGCCAGGAUACACAGGAACAGUUUGUGAAGAAGAUAUCGAUGAGUGUCAGUCCAGCCCCUGUCAGAAUGGAGGCGUGUGUGAAGACUUGACCAAUAAAUUUAAGUGUACCUGUCCACCAGGUUUUGAGGGAGCAACAUGUCAGAUCAACAUUGAUGAAUGUGCUAGCAAUCCAUGCCAGAAUGGGGCAACCUGCAAAGACAAAAUUAAUGCAUAUACGUGUUCCUGUGCACAUGGGUACCAGGGAGACAGAUGUGAAACUAACAUUGAUGACUGUAGGGGGGUUACAUGCAGCAAUGGGGGCACCUGCAGGGAUCUCCUGGGGAACUACCAGUGUGUGUGUCCUGAGGGGUACACAGGCACCCACUGCGAAACGGACAUUGAUGAAUGCGAGUCUCAGCCUUGUAAAUAUGGUGGAACUUGUCACACUAUUGCAAAUGCUGCGGGAUACGAAUGUAGAUGUCCGAGGGGAACUACUGGUAAAAACUGUGAAGUGAAUUUUGACGACUGUAAAGACAACCCCUGUAUAAAUGGAGCAACAUGUGAGGAUGGUUUGAAUAACUUUGUGUGUCGCUGCAAGCCAGGAUAUACAGGAGGUCGUUGUGAUGUUAACGUGGAUGACUGUAACCCAAAUCCGUGUCACAAUGGGGGCACCUGUAGAGACCUGGAAAAUGGCUUCCUCUGUGACUGUCCGUACGGAUAUCACGACGCAACCUGUCUAUCCAAUGUGGAUGAGUGUGCCAGUAAUCCGUGCCUAAACGGAGGCCAGUGUAAGGAUGGAGUCAACAAGUAUACAUGUUCUUGUCCUGCUGGCUAUGAGGGCAUUCGAUGUGAGACCAAAACCAACGAGUGUGCCUCGAACCCUUGUCAGCACCAGGGGGUGUGCCAUGAUCAGGAUGGGAGCUACAGGUGUGACUGUGUGCCAGGAUUUACAGGUGUGAAUUGUGAGAUCAACAUUGACAACUGUGCUACUAAUCCUUGUGCCCAUGGUUCCUGCACUGAUUUAGCCAAUGACUACAAAUGUCACUGUGAGGUUCAGUGGACAGGCAAAAACUGUGACACCAAGCUGGACCCCUGCAAUCCCAACCCCUGUCAUAACAGUGCUACAUGCUCAGCCUCCGCAGACUUCACAGACUUCUCCUGCUACUGUCCUCAGGGACUUACUGGUCGCUACUGCAGUGAAGACUAUGACGAAUGCAAGACCACUCAGUGUCAUUCUGAGGGUACCUGUGUCAACACGUAUGGCUCGUACAAGUGCAUGUGUUCCAGAGGCUACACUGGUCGUUUCUGCGAGUCCAACAUCAACGACUGUGAGUCCUCUCCCUGUCAGAACGGGGGAACAUGCUACGAUAAGGUCGCUAACUACACCUGUAUCUGUCCUCCUGGGUUUAGUGGCUACCAUUGCCAGAACGAUAUCAAUGAGUGCGCCUCAAACCCUUGUGAGCAUGGAGCGGUGUGUAAUGACUAUGUCAACUCCUACACCUGUACCUGUAAACCUGGCUACAGUGGCACCAACUGUCAUGUCAACGAUAAUGACUGUACAGAAAGCUCAUGUUUGAAUGGAGGUACCUGUCAUGAUCUGGUCAAUAGCUUCCGAUGUGAGUGUGCUCUAGGAUUUGAAGGGAUGAACUGUGAAACUAGGAUCCUGCCCUGUGAUUCCAACCCUUGUCUAGAGGGAGGCACAUGUGUCAAUGACAAGAGCCUUACCUCCUUUCACUGUGUUUGUCCAUACGGGUUCACAGGGUCGAGAUGUGAAGAAUUUCAUGAUUGGUGUGUUGAGGGUCCUUGCAUGAAUGGGGGCACCUGCACACAGACGGCCAAUACAUUUAGAUGCAGUUGUCCGGCCGGCUGGACAGGCCAGAUCUGUGAUGUACAGACUAUAACAUGUGAAGUGGCAGCCAUAUCCAAAGGAGUAUCAGUCGCUCAACUGUGCCAAAAUGGGGGAACCUGCCAUAAUAUAGGCAACUCUCACAACUGUACGUGUCACCGUGGUUACCAGGGAAGCUAUUGCGAAAUAGAUGUUGACGAAUGUCAGUCGGCACCUUGUCAGAAUGGCGCCACGUGUAUGGAUAGAAUUGGAGAAUACUUGUGUCAGUGUAAGAAGGGGUUCGAGGGAGACAACUGUGAGAGAAACGUGGAUGAUUGCGCUCACAAUCCUUGCACCAAUGGUGGGAAAUGCCAUGACCUGGACGAUAACUUCACCUGCUCUUGUCUACCAGGAACCAAGGGCUUGCUGUGUGAACUUGAUGAACAAGACUGCUUUGCUGGUGCCUGUUUCCAUGGGGGCACCUGUGUGGAAAAGAUAAAUGGAUACGAAUGUAUCUGCCAGCCAGGUUAUGUGGGUCCUCGCUGUGAGGGAGAUAUCAAUGAGUGUCUGUCCAACCCCUGUGAUCCUCUGGGCACCCACAGCUGUAUCCAGAUGGUCAACGACUACCGCUGUGAAUGCAACCCCGGGUACAGAGGUCAUAACUGCAGCGAAAAGAUCAACUUCUGUGCAAGUCAGCCCUGUAUGAAUGGUGGCAAGUGCACAAGUGGGGAUUCCAAGCCAAUCUGUACCUGUAUGGAGCCUUACAGUGGUGACCUGUGUGAGACAGAGAUCACGGCUUGUAGCAGUGGGCCCUGUCUGAAUGAAGGAGUGUGCCAUCCAAUGGGAAAGAACCAGUUCCAGUGUAUCUGUCCACCGGGGGUGGGAGGGAGCAUCUGUGAUCAGGACAUCCUGGAUGAGUGCGACAAGGCCUACAACCCAUGUAGAAACGGAGGCAGCUGUCGCAACAGAAUGGGAAAAUAUGAAUGCAUAUGUCCUAGGAACUAUGUUGGUUUGAACUGUGAGAGAUAUGAUGCGUCCAACACAGGAAGUCCGCAAACCACCGCCGUUAUUGACAUCUGUGAGAUAAAUGGCUGUGCUGCGAAAGCCCAGAACAGAAUCUGUGAGGAGGAGUGUAACCGAGCUAAAUGUCAGUAUGACGGAGGGGACUGCUCCUUCGGGGUCCCCGACCUCUACGAAAAAUGCUUUGACCCCGAAUACUGUGCCAUCAAGUACAAUAACAGCGAGUGUGACCACAGGUGCAACAACCAGCAAUGUCUUUAUGACGGAGGGGACUGUCGCGAACACAAGGACUGUAACCCAUUCGGCAACUUCUACUGCGACCGGUUAUACAACAACGGACUCUGCGAUGAAACUUGCAAUGUCAAGGAAUGUAACUGGGACGGCAGUGAUUGUAAAGGGAAAUCCAAUGCAAAAUCUCAAGUGCCGGGCUCUAUGAUUGUCUUUGUGAAAGUUUCACCAACAGAGUUUCUCUACAAAAGAGCCUUGUUUCUGAGGCAGCUUGGUUUGUUGCUAAAUGUUCUGGUGGAAAUAAAGAGGGAUGCCAACAACAGUUUCAUGGUUUAUCCUUGGGAACCCACUGCCAUGCAGGGACGAGCUAAAAGAUACGCAGAUUUGGCUCUGGAAGGAAUGCUGAACAGGUUUAGAAGGGCACCUGCUCCAUCAACAGAAACCAAUGGGACUAAGGUUUAUUUGACUUUGGAUGCCAGCAGUUGUGUCAGUGUAAAUGCAGAGUUGGACUGCAUUACCAAUCUGGAUGUGGCAACCCAAGUGUUUGCAGUGGCAGUGAAAAAUGGAUACGACACUGGGGUGAAAGUUGAGCGAAUUGAAAUGAAAGACUGCAUGGGUAAGGAAUGUGAUGGUGGAACCACUCAACCACCGGGAACACCUAACAUGGCCUACAUAUAUGUAGCUGUUUCCAUAGCAGCUGUUCUAAUAAUGAUUGUCGUCGUGAUAUUUGUGCUGUCCCGCAGAAAAACGGCCCAUGGAACCACCUGGUUCCCCGAGGGAUUCUUUAUGAGCAAUUCCGGACCUAAAUCGACAGGACCUCCACGCACUGCCAAACGAAGGGUACCUGAUGGAGAGGAAAUGAAGAACGUGAAAGGCCCUGGCUGUGAUGACCUUAACACCCAGGUCACUUCUCCUCCCUGGGACACAGAUGAUGACAUGCCAAAAGCAAAGCAUGCCAAGAUGGAAACUCAAAGUAAACAUCUGGAGCAGGUGCUCUCACCCCCACCCUCAGAUACGGACCAGAGACAGUGGACCUCCAGACACCUCAAUGCUGCCAACAUCCCCAACGACCAGAUGGCUCUGACUCCACCCUAUGACAACGAGCAUACACAUGUGAACGACGUGGAUGUUCGUGGUCCAGAUGGGUUAACUCCCCUGAUGUUGGCAUCUUACCGGGGCAAUGGACUGGACAAUGGGUGUGAUAACGAGUCGAGUGGGUCAGGGUCCGGGGAGAGUAGUAACAGCGGGGACUCUGAUGACAAGUCGGUGGAGGUCAUCCAAGCCUUGCUGGUACAGGGGGCCGAAAUCAACGCACAGACAGACAGGACAGGUGAGACUUCACUCCACUUGGCGGCCAGAUAUGCUCGGGCUGAUGCUGCCAAAGUAUUACUGGAUGCUGGAGCUGAUUGUAAUGCUGAGGACAUCACAGGUCGCACCCCCCUCCAUGCCGCCAUUGCUGCUGAUGCCCUAGGCGUGUUCCAAAUUUUACUGAGGAAUCGUUCUACAAAUCUAAACGCCAAAUCCCAGGACGGGACAACGCCAUUGAUCCUGGCGGUCCGAAUGGCCGUAGAAGGAAUGGUGGAGGACCUCAUCAAGUCUGACGCAGACAUCAACAUGACAGACGAAUGGGGUAAAACAGCCCUGCACUGGGCAGCAGCUGUUAAUAACUCUAAGGCUGCACAGACUUUGCUCCAGAAUGGUGCCAAUAGAGAUGCUCAGGAUACCAAGGAUGAAACUCCAUUAUUUUUGGCAGCCAGAGAAGGGAGUAGUCAUACAGCCCAAAUAUUACUUGACCACUAUGCCAACCGUGACAUCACAGAUCACAUGGACAGGUUACCUAGAGACAUAGCUCACGAGAGGCAGCAUCGUGAUAUUUUACGUCUGUUGGAUGAAUACAGGAUGAGCCCUGCCGGUAUGACUCUGUCCAACGGAAUGCCUGCAUCUCCAGGACACAUGCACAUGAUGCAGCAGAAAAACUCCAAACAAAAGAGGAGAAAGAACAAUUCAAAUACUCCUAUCUCCCCUAACGGGCUGCCUAAUGGUGUGCAUCCUAAAAAACCAAAAACAAAGAAGAAAUCGCCGAAACAUGGAACUUCACCUAAUUGUGAAGGAUCAGCUUCAUCUAUGGAGACAGUGUCCCCGGGGAACUCGAUCGAGUCCCCACUGAGAUACGAUCAGACUCCUUCCUCGUAUGAUAUGUAUGCUCGCAGCAUGUCUCAGCAACCUGUGUAUCAUAUAGACAAUGUGACCCUGUCUCACAGCAUGACCGAUGACCAGGCCAUUCUAUCAUACGAAUACAAUAACAGUCCGGGCAUGCAGCCACAGUGGACCCAGCCCCACCAUAACCCACCCCCCACCUACACCACCUCCAUCACCCCACCCUCUCAACCUCCCAUCAACAGUCCCAUGGGACAUGGUAAAAUGUCUCCAGUAAAGCCCACCAAGAAUUCACUGCCCACCUCCCCCACCCACAUCCAGGCCAUGCAUCAGCGGGCGCGCCAGGAGCAACGGGCGGCUCAUGGAAGUCCCCACAGCAGGCAGAAUGAUCAUUAUGUGUACAGCAAUUCAGAGACUCAUCUCCCGAUCACCACCAUGCCAAACAUGUAUACCAAUGACUCUUACAUGCAUCAAUCCCAGGCCAUUGACUACCCACAAAAAAUGUAUAUAGAGAAAUAUCCCACCCCCCAAUCUCAGAGCAGUAUGGACUCUCCACAGGUACGGUCAGGUGUGCCUCUCCCUGAACAUUAUCUGACCCCCUCGCCUGAUUCUCCAGGACAGUGGUCUAGUUCGUCCCCGCACUCGGCCCACUCUGAUUGGUCCGAGGCCAUAUCGAGUCCUGACCAACCCAUUCGCAAUAAACCUGUGUUUCUCUAAAAUGCAAUUUAGCCAUGAGUGAACAUGUUAAAUAUGGCAGUGAUGAAGACUGUGGACUUUUUGCAAGUGACUUUACAUGCAAUUUAUUGGUGCAGAUAUUUUGUGGUUAUAUAUACGCAUUUAACAUUGGCUGAAUUAGGUGUAAAUAUGUUUGGUUAGUUUGGUGCACAAUGAUGUUUUUUUUCUUUGAUUAAUUUGUGCACCAGUUCUUUUUUUUAUCUUGCAGGAUUUAUUUUGUACAUGCAAGGGGCCAAAGUUUGAGUUGCAUUUAUAGAAUAAUAUUGUUAUUUACAUUGUUUUUAUUAGAAAAAAGCAGGAAGCUGUUGGAUUUGAGUUAUAGAUUUGAUUGUUUAAGCCUGCAGUUUUCUAUGUUUGCUCCCGAAAUAGUUUAUAUGCUGUUGAUAAAAUUGCAUUGAUUUAAGUACUUAAUUUUGAAUGGAGUGCUGAGGUUUGCACUUUGUAUGGAAAAAUUUUUAACUGCCAGUACAUGAUUUUUAUUUGUUCCUCAUUUUAUAGCAAAAUAUUCUUAGCAUGUUAGCAUAUGCUGUCAAGUUUUAUAACAUUUACAUUUUAAUAUCACUUUUAAAGCUUUUGGCAUACUUUAGAUUUUUUAUGUUCUCUUUUAAACUUUCACCGAUCCCUGUUGUCUGAAAUUGGUUAUUUUUAGAUCCUUUAGCAUUACUAUGACAACCCACCAACCUGACCAAUCAGCUUCCAGUUCUCAUUCCACUUGUCAUUGUGUAGAUCACUUCAUCUCAUUUGUUACCAAAAUGUACAUAUGAUAUUUUUAUAAAUUUUAUAUUCUCUGUUUAUCACAUUUGUAUGAAACUCAACAUUUUGCGGAAGCUAAGCUUCUUCAUAUCCAUGCAUACACCUAAAUUUAUUUGUCGGCGUUUCCAAGAUAUUUCUUACAGUGGUAUAAAACUUCACUCAGAUUGCAUUUGACCAAUUAAUGAUCUCAGCUUUGUCAGACCUCAUUUCACUAAUACAUGCGUAGAUAUCACAGCAUCGACAAAGUACCGUACUUUGUAUCCAAAGAAAUAUGUCUCUUUGCAGGCAUAGUGCAUAUCUGUAUAAUAUUCACUUAAUAGGCCAAUAAUUAGAACAAAAGCUGCCUUUCUCAAAUUGGAACAAAUUAAAAGCAGGGCAACUGGAAAGUUACUAAAGAACAAACAAAACUUGCCAAGUUUUGGGCUUUGUGAAUGAAUUGUUUUGAGCUGAGAACAAAUUUUACUUUUAAGUUUUAAUGUCAAGCCACCAAACAGUGACCAUAUUUCUUUUGCUUAUGAAGAUGUGAAAUCCAAGUGUCUACAAAGUGUACAAACAAAUGAACAAGAAAGGAAUUAUACCAAGUUCAAUUAGUUCUUGUUUUUUUGUAAUUGAUAUAAUUUCUUUUUCUUUGAUAUUUGUGUAAUAUGGUUAAUUAAGGAGGGCAUAUAUAUGUUCAAUUAGUAGUGAUAGAAACCAGCUUGUCAGUGUACAGUCUCUUCUGCAGGAAGUGUAGUAGCACUGCAGAACUCUAAUUUGAACUUGUAGAGACACUAUAUGGCUGUCUAGGAUUGCUUCUAUUUAAUGUUCCUUUGUUUUAUCUAUUUAUUUUUGUUUUUAUUUAAGUGCUAUUGCAAGAAAUUUGUAAACAUUGCCCCAGUGUGGUUUGUAAAAAACAAAAAAAAUAUCAGUAAAUCUGGAAUCUAAUGAUUCUCCAAGGGUGGUGUUUACUCAUUUCAUUUGUUUUACAUUUUGGGUAUAUACCUAUAUUUUAGUUCACAUUAUUUUAAGCAACAAACAAUAUGGCAAGAUAAAAAAAUCUACAAAUGUGCAUGUUCAUUAUUAUCAUGUCACUUGGUUUCAUAAUCAUCAAAGAUGCAAAUAAACAAAUAUAUAAAAUUUACAA